GUUUGAGAAUCACUGUCAUCGGCGUGUAGGGGCGUCGUUGCUGCGUGCAAUGUGUAUCGUGUAGGCGUUGGCGAGGAGGAGACAAGUCGGGGAUGUGUCCGUAAAAAACUUGCGGUUUCUGCGUACUCUGCCGCACGUGCACGCUCAAAAUCGUGUUCCGUGAACGAUUGAAUCUUGACAAAUCAUACUACGUGCCCAUAUUGGUCGAAAUCGUCUCGCGAACGGGCCUAACAAUUACGGCUAAGAAAAAAAAGUGCAGCCAGUGCUCCGUAUUCUUUCGUUUCUUCCAAAGGCCACGUAUCGUGCGUGUGUCUCAUUCUCUUGUCACGAAAGCUUAAGACGCUAACAAAUAAUUCCGUCGAUCGGAGAAAUAGACGAUUCGAUUCCACGGAAGAAACGACGCCCGUACCAGGAUGCCAGGACAGGAGGAUCUCCAAAGAGCCAUUGAGUUGAUCGGUGUUACUCGCGCGAAUUAAUUUCAACUCGAUUCGACUCGUAGGAGACGAGCAAAGUCUCGAAAAACGUAGGGAUAUUAACUUGAGAGGAAGAAAGAGACAAGGAGGAAUUCAAGAAGAAAGAAUCCGACGGAGAGCGUGUGUACAGGAGAUGUUCGGAAUCUCGGAACGAGAUCCUGGUGCGGGAGGAUUCCACUAUCAACGGUUACAAUCGAACGUAUUAUCACACGCUGGAUUCUUCGGCGUAUGAGACAGUCACCGAUUGUGAGUCUCUCUCUUGUCUGUGUGGACGCUGCUGACUGUGUACGUGUUUUUCCCGGCGAAGAAAUCUCGGCUUGUGACGGCGGCGGUGGUGGUGUCUGCUGGCAUGAGAUUUUAUCGUCGUCUAGUCGGCACGCUCUCGUGGAAGUAUCAACAUCGAAUACGCGCAGUGCGGUUCGUGUGAUUUUUUUGUGCGUGAAUCAGAAUAGUGGCCAUUCCUUUUCGUGUACUCAUAAACUAUUGCGCGACCAUCGAUGACAAAGGAUAUACGUCUCACAGAAGAGAUUCUUUUAGUAGGGUGGCUCUCGGUUCGUUUCUCGUUUCAUCUCUCGUUUUGCCUCUGAGGCUUUCGAUGAUACUGAGCAUUAUCGUCGCACAUUUGUCUGUGCGACUCGAACUACCUACAUAAUUGUUAUAUCUUCUUAAAGAAAUUAGAUAUAUCUCGAGGCUGAUUUACGUGAAACAAAGUGGUGUGGAAGAAAACGUGUUGUGGACAGAGGGUGGAUGACACACACAGGACGCGUAUUGGCCGGCCGAGGGAACGAAUUUGCGGAUUUGUCGCCGGUUUAUUACGUCGUGCGACAAAACUUCUUGGAAUGUGACGAGGGAUUCUUAACGUGGGAAAUAUCGUAGAAAAGGUAAGUGAUUCGAAUAUGGCAACGAAUUUAUAUAUAAUUGUCGAAUUAACUAUAUCGUACGAGCUGUCACUGGAACAAGCAUUUAAUCGAAUCGUGUAUUCUAACCUGCAAACAUAGUCGCGUAAAAAUAGCGUUCAUGAAACGUACUUGUAAAGGUACGCGACUGUUUGAAAGAUUAUUUGUUCAAUAAUUCACGCAAUAAUAAAUUGAAAUGUGAUAAAUAGCUAUAAUAAACACAACAUGUUAAAAUUCAGCGCAAUCGAGUAUUUUUCCUCGGGUAUUAUUUUGUAUAUUUCCCAUUUGAUUGCACAAUUGAAUUCGAUAUCGAUAUCUACGAUAUGGAUCGAUAACGUUAUCGAUAAAUCCGAGACUAAUUCAAUGAUACAUGAGCAAAUAUCGAUUGCAAUAUACGAGUGUUACAUAUUUGACUCGAAAAUGUAAUUUUACGAAUGAUCCGCUACGAAUGAUCGAUAUAACUUAUAUCGAUCGAGAAUCGCAAUUAUUGACAAACCAAUCGGUGCGAAAGAAAUGGCGUCGUGAACAAGUCUCGCGGUUGUCAGAGAGAUCUGACCAGUAUUCGCUGCUAUAGUCGAAUUAUCUGUUUUUGUUAAAAAAAAAAAUCUUUGAUCAAGUCGACUGUGGCAAGAUUACACUUGUUACCCGGUACAAUAGCAUUUCUCGAGAAUAGACGCGGGCUUUGUUUUUGUUUUGAAGCAUACGCGACACUCGAUGCCGCGCGUCUACCGCACGCAUGCCAACAUAAUUCAAAGUGGUGUAGCAUUCAGUGGUGUGACUUAUGACCCUUUUGAGAAUAUACAUUGGAGCUAGAAGUAGUUUACACCGAUAUCAUCUGACAUUUUUCAGCGCGACAGAAAGACGCGUUCUCCAGGAGAAGGGCCCCGACAUGCCGCAAUACACCGGACAGAGUGAUGCAGAUUACCACGGAAGUAACGGCCAGGCGGAUACCCAUUCGUUGCAUUCGUCUCAUUUAUCUGUCCAGGAGGAUCCAUUACUCAUCCGGAGCCAUAAGCAGCAAACUACUCAACAAGUAACAAACGUGUCGAAGGUCGUGCGCGAGGUAUCACACAUGGAGCCGGAUCCGGGCGCGGUGAGCUACAUGUCGGUGCCGUUGAUGUCCCAGGACUAUCAACACGCGGACCGACGAUACCCGGCCGACUCGUACAUGGUCGGUUUCGAGCAUUACGAGCCCUACCUCGGCUACCCGCCCCAACCAGGGUAUCCAGGACCUCAUGGAAUCUACAUGCCACGCUCGCAUUCCCCUCACAGCCCUCACAGUCCCUCGGAGCACAGUCGUGCCUCGCCUCCGCAUGAAUACCUGCGCAAGGCGGCGCCGUACGUGGAAGGAGGUUACAACGACAUCGAUCCAGGUUUGAAUCCCGCGUUGCAAGAUCAUUAUCGUAUUACUCCUAGUCCUGGUGGUCCUGGAGAUCAAUAUGAUCAAAUCAGCAACUCUUGGAAUAUGGAUGACUCCGGCGAACCCUCUCAGCAUCCUCAUGACGAGAAUAAAGUGGCCUACGGUUACGUGUCUCCGUCCCCAUACGGGCCGGUCGGAUACGGCCCUGGCGUCGGGGUAGGCCCGGUCGCAGUUCCCAGCGACGUGCCCGGCUACGACGAGGGCCACCCGGUCCCGCUGCCCACGGGCGUGCCACCUGGCAUGUUCGACGACGAGGUGCACCUACAACGGCUGCAAUCCCGGCACCCGGUGGUUCCCGGGAUGGCAAGCCCGUUGGACGACGACCAGAAGUCGAUGAGAUGGCGGGACCCGAAUCUGUCGGAGGUGAUAGGCUUCCUCAGCAACCCGAACAACAUCAUCAAGGCGAACGCGGCCGCCUACCUGCAACAUCUGUGCUACAUGGACGAUCCCAACAAGCAGAAGACGAGAAGUUUAGGUGGUAUACCGCCCUUGGUGCAGUUGCUCGAUCACGACAAUCCUGACGUGUACAGGAACGCGUGCGGCGCGUUGAGGAACUUGUCGUACGGGAGGCAGAACGAUGAGAACAAGAGGGCCAUCAAGAACGCGGGCGGUGUGCCGGCGUUGAUCAAUCUGUUGCGAAGAACGUCCGACGCGGACGUCAAGGAACUGGUUACGGGGGUCCUGUGGAAUUUAUCCUCGUGCGAGGACCUGAAGAAAUCCAUCAUCGACGACGGCGUGACGAUGGUGGUGAACAACAUAAUAAUCCCUCACAGCGGCUGGGAUCCGAGCUCCUCGAGCGGGGAGACGUGCUGGUCGACCGUGUUCAGAAACGCAUCUGGGGUGUUGAGAAACGUGUCGAGCGCCGGCGAAUACGCGAGGAAGAAGCUGCGGGAGUGCGACGGUUUGGUCGACGCCCUCCUCUACGUGGUCCGAUCCGCCAUCGAGAAAUCGAACAUCGGGAACAAGAUCGUGGAGAAUUGCGUGUGCAUCCUGCGAAACCUGAGCUAUCGGUGCCAGGAGGUGGAGGAUCCGAAUUACGACAAACACCCGAUCCAAUCGACCGUUCAGAACAGGGUAGCCGCGCCCGCCAAAGGUGAGAAUCUUGGUUGCUUCGGGGGCAGCAAGAAGAAGAAGGACGGUCAACCGGUGCAGAAGGAGACGACCGCGUCGCGCACGACGACCAGCCCGAGAACAGAGCCUGUCAGAGGCAUGGAGCUCCUCUGGCAACCGGAGGUGGUCCAAUCCUAUCUGAAGCUGUUGCAGACAUGCUCGAAUCCUGAGACCCUCGAGGCGGCGGCAGGCGCGCUUCAGAACCUCGCAGCCUGUUAUUGGCAGCCCAGUAUCGAGAUUCGAGCCGCUGUGAGAAAGGAGAAAGGGCUUCCCAUUUUGGUGGAGCUCCUGCGGAUGGAGGUGGACCGCGUGGUCUGCGCCGUGGCCACGGCUCUCAGGAAUCUCGCGAUAGAUCAACGGAACAAGGAGCUGAUAGGGAAGUACGCGAUGCGCGACCUUAUUCAAAAGUUACCCUCUGGGAAUAAUCAGCACGACCAAGGAACCAGCGACGAUACAAUCGCCGCUGUCCUCGCCACGUUGAACGAGGUGAUCAAGAAGAACGCCGAGUUCUCGCGAUCUCUGUUGGACGCUGGGGGUGUCGACAGACUGAUGAACAUCACCAGGCAACGCCAAAAGUACACGCCCCGUGUUCUUAAAUUUGCAGGACAAGUCUUGUUCACAAUGUGGCAGCACCAAGAGUUGAGAGACGUUUAUAAGAAGCACGGUUGGAAGGAGCAAGAUUUCGUAACGAAAACGGUGGCUGCGCGAAAUUCAGGGCCUAAUUCACCCAACAACGCGAAUAGCACGCUGAAUCGACCGAUGGCGAGUCAAGGGAGCACCAGAUACGAGGACAGAACGAUCCAGAGAGCGAACAUGAAUUCGAAUAAUGUUGGUCGACCUACCAUUUAUCAGCCUCAACCGAAACCCGGUGAGCCGCUCUACGCGCAAGUUAACUUGGAGAAGAAAAAGAAGCGGCAGUAUGAGCUGGGGGUGGGCCAGGCGCAGGGUCAGGGGCCGGUGGUCGGCUCGGGGGUGGCGCCCAAUGUGCCCGCGACCGGCCAGUGGGUGGCCGACGGCGUGGGCGUCCCCGACGGCUCGGCCGCCACAGCGACGGUGAACGUGCCACCCAACUCGACGGCCGCCUCCGCGGGCGACUCCUGGGUAUAACAGGCCCUUGUCCAGGAUCCAACCGCCAGGAUCCCUCCCUCGAGGCUGCCUCAGAAUCGGAACAACGUUUCCCCCCCACCCCCCAGGGGGGAGAAUUAGAGGAGGACUCUCUGCUGCUUUCGUCUCCGACGAAGAGGGGGGGGAGAGUAUUGGAGGGAUUGGAUGAUAGAGAGGGCAUUGAGCAUGGACGAGUUUUAUUAUUAAUUAAGAGUUUUCUCUUCUUUGUCCGGGUUAGUUUCCUUAUCGAGGAAGAAGGAGGAGAAGAGGAAGAAGAGAGGUGUUGAAGGAAGGGGAGAUUUUUGGGUCGUCGAGUAUAUCUGCUCGAGGCGUAUUAUAUUAUAUUCUUUCUUUGGGAAAGAACAAUAGAGAGACGGGAAUAUAGAAAUUUGUUUUUCUAUAGGAAAAGAAGAAAAAAGGAAAAAAAAAAAAAAGAAAUCGCACUCCGCACCCCCAUGUUAUUAUAUUGAUGUAUAGUAGAUGAACAUUAGUGAGGAACGAAAAGGGAAAAAAAAAAAAGAAAAAAACAGCGACUUGUCCGAC